AUGCAGCAUAUCUACAACUCAUACAAAUUUCUUGCGAAACAAGAGCAAGACUUUGUGUUGUUUACCCUGGCCAUCAACGACUAUGGGAUUGAAGAGAGUGCUGAAUGUUGGAAGGAUGGCCCGAUCACAAAGCCGUUCUCCAAGCCCAUGAUCGAGCUCAUCUACUUCAUGCGCAAAGUGAGACGGUUUAUCAAGGAUGCGUUGGAGGAUGAAGGCCCGGGGGAGCUCGAAAGAAAAGCGUUCUUUCUGGAAGUGAAAGAUGAUUUGAUGGAGAUGAGGCGGUUUUAUUUCGAUCCGCGUGUUCCUCCGGGACACGACCGGGAAGAAUUCAUCAAGGUUUUCCAUUUCAGAGCUGCUGCGUUACCACCCGGGUCGACACCCUUUCAACUAAUGUAUAGUCCGCUAUAG